GAAAGGACUCUUGUAAACUUGUUCAUGGGUCAUCGUCUUUCUACGCCUUAUAUUUUCUCUCUCCUCAAAAUCCAAUUGCACCCACCUCCAUAACUGAAAUUCAAUACACCACCUUGUCUAACCAACCGUUCUUCCAUCGUUGCUCAUACUUUUCCGGCGAAUACUCUCUCUCUUCUCAGAAAACGGAUCAAAUAUAUGUUUCUCACUCCUGGUUUGUAAUAUCGCAGCUCACACUCUCAUUGUAUAACUAAUUUGUUUAUUUCAGUCGAUUAUAGUAUUACAAUUAAGGCGUAAAUUGUGCGAAAUUAGGUUUUCGUUUGAAUUUGAUUUUGUUGUUUUUUUGGAUUGGAGUUUCAAUUCGGAGGAUAAGAAUUAAGAGAGAAUGAUGGGCUCUGAGAAUGAAGAGGGAGCCCAUCCUCUUGCUCCUAGCGAUGAGAUGGAAACCCUAAUUCUUGAUGAUCCAUUAUCAUCUUCAAAAUCAUUUGCUAAUUACAAAAGUGCUUUGAUUAGUUUAUCUGAUUCGCAUAACCAUCCUUUGUCGCCAUCGAUUGUGGCGAAGUCUGUUGGUUCGGAUCCGCUGUUGGGUCCUCUUCACGAGGAAGAUCAAAUUAGACCCAAAGAAGUUGACUUUAGCUCACAUUUUGAGGAUUCUGAUGAUUACUCUGAUGUGUUUGAUAGUCCAAUUACGGGGGGAAUUGGUGGUGGGGGUAACAACGGGGUAGGGAGCCCGAAAGUGAAUUCGCGGAGCUUCUCGAGAUCAGAAUCAUUAGGUUCUGAGUAUUUGAAUAUUACAGUUUUGAACCCCCAGAAAGAGCAUGAAGUGUCAUCGAAUUCGAUUGUUCCCGGGGGGAAUACUUAUGUGACUUAUUUGAUCAGUACGAAGACUAAUAUGCGGGGGUUUGGUGGAUCGGAUUUUAGCGUUAGGAGGAGGUUUAAGGAUGUGGUGACACUAUCAGAUAGAUUAUCGGAGUCUUACCGAGGGUUUUUUAUAGCCCCUAGGCCAGACAAGAGUGUGGUAGAGAGUCAAGUGAUGCACAAGCAGGAGUUUGUCGAGCAGAGAAGAGGAGCGUUGGAGAAGUAUUUGAGGAAAUUGGCUGCUCAUCCUGUCAUUAGGACGAGUGAUGAGUUGAGAGUGUUUCUGCAAGUGCAGGGGAAGCUUCCUUUGCCUACAAGCACUGAUGUGGCGUCGAGGAUGCUAGAUGGAGCUGUCAAUUUACCAAAACAAUUGUUUGGGGAUUCAAGGAGUGCUGUGGCCCCACACGAGGCAGUUCAGCCUGCUAAAGGAGGAAGGGAUUUGCUGAGGUUGUUUAAAGAGCUGAAGCAGUCUGUCACAAAUGACUGGGGAAAUUCUAGGCCAGCAGCUGUUGAAGAAGACAAGGAGUUCUUGGAAAAGAAAGAGAAGCUCUUUGAUUUUGAGAACCGUCUUACAGAUGUGUCUAAGCAGGCUGAAUCUCUUGUCAAGGCUCAGCAAGAUAUGGGAGAUACUAUGGGAGAAUUGGGGUUAUCUUUUAUCAAAUUGACAAAAUUUGAAAACGAGGCAGCAAUUCUUGGCACUCAAAGAACACGUGCUACUGAAAUGAAAAACAUAGCAACGGCUACAGUCAGAGGCAGCAGAAUGUAUAGGGAGUUAACUGCCAAAACAGUAAAAAACCUGGAUACCCUUCACGAAUAUCUUGGAGUUAUGUUAGCUGCUCACAAUGCAUAUUCAGAUCGUGCAAAUGCUUUGUUGACAGUUCAGACCCUUCUAUCAGAGGUAUCCUCUUUGCAAUCAAGGGCUGAAAAACUAGAGGCAGCAUCAUCUAGAGUCUUUGGUAGCGAUAAGACCAGAAAUCACAAGUUGGAAGAGUUGAAGGAAACUAUGAAAAUCACUGAAGACUCGAAAAACUGCGCCGUCAGAGAGUAUGAGCGAAUCAAGGAAAAUAAUAGGACUGAACUUGAAAGACUUGAGAGGGAAAAACAUACUGAUUUCCUGAAAAUGUUGAAGGGAUUUGUAAAUAAUCAGAGGGAGGAAAUAGAGAUCCAGAGGGGAGAGAAAGGAUCACGGGAAGAGUAAGAAAGGGGAAAUCAAGAGGAAAGAUCAAGAAGAAAUUGAGACGAGGGAGAGGAGCAUCAACUUUGAUGGCAGAGCAAAAGAUCGAUAACGUAUAAACAGCACCGACAGGCAGCGGCGGCGAGGAGCUCUUUGCUGGGCAGCGCCGAGGGUAGAAGAGGUGGCGGUGAUUGGAAGGGGGUGGUGGCAUAGCAUAAGCGUAUAAGAAGCAACAUUGGGUGGUGGUGGUGGCCAUGACUUUGUUGGUGAGAGAUAAGAAGAAGACGAUGACGAUGACGAUGACGAUGAUGAUGAUGAUGAUGAUGGUGAUUGGUGUAACAGAAUCGAAGAAGAAAAGAAGCAGCAUAAGCAAAGGGGUUAAUUGUUUUUUUAUUUUUAUUUUUGUAAUAGUAAUUAUUUUAGGGGGUUUAAUCUAGUGUGGGUUAGUCAUUCAUUAUCAUUACCCCAUUGCCUCAAAGAGGCUCCCGCAAGAAGCGGGGUAGGGGGGGGGGGGGGUCUGACGUACGCAAUCUUACCCCUGCAGUUGCAGAGAGGUUUCCAAUUGACCCAAAAGAAAUAAUGGCACGACAAUGGGACGACCAUCUCCUAGUUCAUGGAAAGGAAGCGAAGAGGUUUUAAGAGCCAUUUUGAUUUGUGUGGGUUAAUAUUUAAUUAAUUUAAUUAGGGGAUUAAUGUUAGGGUUAAUAGAGAUAAUGGUUGAUUAGCGGUUAAUGGGUUAACGACCGUUAGUCAACAGGGGUAUUUAGCUCUUCACCCUCAAAUUCACUCAAGACUCGUAAAUUUAUCCAACAUAUCAUUUAUUAUUUUAUUCAACUCACACGUUAGUCUUAAGGCGAGUCUUGGUUUUUCAAGACUCAUCCACUUCAAGGCUACAAUUUUCUUUGUCUGAUCUUAGGAGUUAAGACUACAUGAGUCAUAUGCCAUGUUAGCACAACUCAAGUCUUAAGACUUGGGGCUGAUCAUGAUAAAGAAGUACUUUUUAGAUUUGUGGCCCAAACAAGGGUUCACUGUUGGAGAUGAUAUUCAAGAAGAGGUGUUAAUUCUUUUCAUUGUUCAAAGAUUUUUGUAAUAGGUGGCAUGUAGUACCUAAGUACUAGUUGUACUGGAAACUAGAAAGAGGAGGAUAGUAGGUUUUUGCUAAAUAAGUAAACCGGUGACCUCUCAUUUCCCUCUCUUCUCUCUCUCUCUUUCCCUCUCUCUCUCUCCGCUGCAAAUGAUUUUGGGAUAGUGAAUCAAUAGAAAUAAAUGUAGUCGUUUUGCCUUUUUCUGGACGG